CCCUCGUGAGGCCUCGUGGCGUUGUAAAGGGCGCACAGCCCCCACCGAGCGCGGCGCCUUUGCUGCCAGCUCGGGGCCUGGGGCAGGGGGUGGAGGGAGAGGCCCCGAGCACAUGACGCCCCCCGCCCGGCCCGCCCAGCGCGUGACCCAGGCCCGCCGGCGGGGUCCCGGCAGACCUGGGCCCGGUCCUCGAACACAGGUUCUUAUGGCCUCCCCGCGCCUCGGGACUUUUUGCUGCCCCACGCGGGACGCCGCCACACAGCUCAUGCUGAGCUUCCAGCCGCGGGCGUUCCACGCGCUGUGCCUGGGCAGCGGGGCGCUCCGCCUGGUGCUCGGCCUCCUGCAGCUGCUGCCGGGGCCUCGGCGCGCGGGCUCCGGAGCGCCCUUGGCCUCCCCGCCCGCUUCGGCCCGCGCCCCGGCAUCCACCCGGAUCCUGCGCGUCGCCAUCGCCUGCGACGUGCUCGGCUGCCUGGGUAUCGUGGUGCGGGCUGCCGUGUGGUUAGGCUUCCCCGACUUCGUGGGAAACAUCUCCAGAGAAAACGGAAACAGGACGGACAUUUGGCCAGCCGUCUUCUGCGUGGGGAGCGCAGUGUGGAUCCAGGUGCUCUACAGUGCCUGCUUCUGGUGGCUGUUCUGCUACGCGGUGGACGCCUACCUGGUGAUCCGGAGGUCGUCGGGGCUGAGUGAGGUGUGCUUCCUGCAGCCGCUUGUUGCCUCAGGAGCCUCUGCUCGGUGCAAACCAGCUGGUCCGGGUGGGGCCGGCCAGCGGGCGGCCCGGGGGGCACCUGUCACUCACUCCGCACGCGCCCAGGGCUUAGGGAAGCCCGCCCCAGCCCGCUCUCACUGCCGGCCCUUCCUGCGCCCCUCCCAGAGCAUGCUGAACCCUGCCCAGGGCUUCCUCCUGUCUCUGGCCUUCUACGGCUGGACCGGCUGCAGCCUGCCCCUGCGCUCUGCCAGGAGCGAGGUCCAGUGGGAGCCCAUGAUGCCCUCGCCCGCGGAGCAGGCCUUCCCCACCCAUGAGCACCCCUGCGCGCCCCGCGGCGACAGUGCCGCUCCCAGGAAGCUGGUGCGUGUCAACGGGCACACUUCCGACGAGGCCCUGAGCAUGCUGUCUGCAGGUUCCGAUGCCAGCACAAUCGAAAUCCAUAUCGCCAGCGGGUCCCGAAACUCGAAUGAGGCCGAAUCCAUUCCCAAAAUCCAGGGAGACCUGUGAGAGGGGAAUGGCCUGCGAGAGGGGGUCAACCCCGUGUCCUCCACUCUACAUUUUGUAUGCUUCAGAAUUGUGUCCUCACCUUCCCAUCUUUGCUCUCUCGGCACGAAGUUAGAGCAUCUCCCCAAGGAUCCUCUGUGUGAUGAGAAAUGACCCAGGGGCGUGCACUUGGGAAUGCAAGAAUUCCUUCUAGACCAGUGAUUUCCAACUGGUGGUGCACCACAAGAAUUUUUAGCACAUGCAAUACUUGUUUCUUCAGUUAGGGGCACUGACC